GCUUCCACCUACCCACUCGCAAACUUUAAAAACGUGAAGUAGGAUUGUUGAUUAACAGCGGAAAGAUACAAUGGCGACACCACUUGCAGCAGGAGCCGAAUUAGGCAACAGUGAAAGCAAAGGUCACGUGUUGUUGACAGGAGGGGCUGGUUACCUGGGAACAACAAUGAUCCCGAUUCUUCUCGAAGAUGGAUACGAAGUUACUGUAUAUGAUAUCUUUAAAUGGGGGCUGCAUCCCAUCCUCAACUUCGCUCAGAACCCACGGUUUCACAUUGUAAAAGGAGAUGUUCGCAACAGGGAUCAGCUGGCCGAGGUUAUGCAUGAUAAAAUUGCAAUUAUUCAUUUGGCUGCCAUUGUUGGAUAUCCAGCAUGUGACAAAGAUCCCGAUCUGGCCAUUGAUACCAACGUCGGUGGGACGCGGAUGAUUACUGAGCUGAAGCGCCCGGACCAGAUCUUGGUGUACGCUAGUACGGGUUCGUGUUACGGAGCGGUAGAGGGCGUGUGUACAGAAGAGACUGGGAUUAGCCCGCUCACUCUGUACGGUGGCAGCAAAGCAGAGGGUGAGAAACUCGUCCUAGACGUGGGCGGGGUCGCUCUUCGACUCGCUACUGUGUUUGGUCUGUCACCUCGACUACGUCUAGAUCUCCUUAUUAACGAUUUAACCCAUAAAGCAUUAACCUUGAAGGAAUUUGACCUGUACGAAGGAAAUUUCCGUCGUACUUUUCUCCAUGUGAAAGACGCUGCACGUGCUUUUGUAUUUGCACUUUCCAACUUUGAUGCUAUGAAAGGACAGGCCUACAAUGUUGGCGAUGAAAAAAUGAACAUGACAAAAUCACAUGUUGCCCGUGUAAUUCAAAGUAACGUACCCGGAUGUAAAAUCACGGAAUCUAACUCUGGCGAGGACAAAGAUAAGAGGGACUAUGAGGUGUCAUACGCAAAGAUCCGAAAAUUGGGUUACUCUGCAACAGUCUCAGUGGAACGUGGAAUACAGGAUAUGCUCAAGGUCCUUCCCUUCCUCGCUACGGAAGACAUUGCUCGCUGUAAAAAUGUAUGA